UACAAAUUUGUAAAGACAAUAUAAAAUGUGGGCUAUUCAAAGUUGAAGCCUUCAGGGGAUUAACACUUUCAAGUGUCCAUCUCUUCUUCGUUCAAACCUUCUUCCACACAUUCGCCCUCUUCAGCAAAGACUAUUCUAUUCCAUGGCUAUCAACGAAGCUUCACCGUUUGAGAGCAGCGAGAUGCUGGCGACUUUCGUGGCGUCGACGCCGCUGCUGGCGGAGUCAUGGAGGCUGUGCAACCACGUCAACAGAAGCGCCAUCGCUCACCGGAGCUUCGUGGCGGAGCAAAUAGGGCGCGUGGCCUACGUGGCUUUCUCGGGCGUGCAAAUGGUUGGGGGAUCGGACGACACGUGGAGGAACAUGGUGCCGUUGGAUAGAAUUGGUGACGUGGCUUUCUUCUCGUGUAUUCGUGAAGGGGAGGAACCUGUCAUGGUCCACGCCGGCAUCCUCAAUCUCUUCAAUUCCUUGCUUCAUUCAUUCCAAACCCAGAUGCUGGAAAUAUUGGGAAACAAGGAAACAAAAUCAGUUGUGAUCACUGGGCAUUCAAUUGGAGGAGCCACUGCCUCUCUAUGCACUCUUUGGCUUCUGUCAUACCUGCGAGCAAUCUCUUCCUCUGUGUCAGUGUUGUGCAUCACUUAUGGCUCACCGUUGCUGGGGAAUGACUCAUUUUCCACAGCUAUCUUCAGAGAAAGAUGGAGUGGCAACUUCUGCCAUGUUGUCUCAAAGCAUGACAUAAUGCCAAGGCUUCUCUUUGCCCCGAUUACGCCUCUCACUUCUCAGCUCAAUUUCCUCCUUCAGUUUUGGCAAUUGUCCAUGACUUCUCCAGACUUCGGGAAGCUUGCGGUUCAAAUAACUGACAGGGAGAAAGCCAAAUUGUUCACCGCCGUGAUGGAUUACUUGGAAGCAGCAACACAAGGAGACGGAGAAGGAGAAGGAGAAAGCAAAGGGGAAGUGUCUGUGCCCAUCCUGUUUCGCCCUUUUGGGAACUAUUUGUUUGUCUCGGAAGACGGAGCAGUUUGUAUGGAUAGUCCUGCCACAAUCACCAAGAUGAUGCAUUUGAUGCUUGCAACAGGUUCUCCAGAUUGUAGUAUUGAGGAUCAUCUCAAGUAUGGUUAUUAUGUUGACAAAGUUUCUUGGCAAUUCUUGACUCAAGGAAACUCACCCAAGCAGAGGAGCAUUCCUGAAUCAAGCUAUGAAGCAGGCCUUGAAUUGGCCAUCCAAUCUUCAGGAUUGGCUAAUCAGGAAUCUCUAAUCAUACCUGCCAUGGAAUGCCUAAAGACAACAAGGAGAAUGGGUCCUUCUCCGGUUCUGAAUGCUGCAUCCCUUGCUCUUUCCUUGUCCAAGGUUGUGCCUUACAGAGCUCAAAUAGAAUGGUAUAAAGCCUUGUGCGAUGAACAUGAUGAACAAGUAGGGUAUUAUGAUUCAUUCAAGAGCCGGUCCGCAAAGAGUGCAAUGAAAGUCAACAUCAACCGUCAUAAGCUGGCUCGCUUUUGGAAUGAUGUGAUCGAAAUGAUGGAGAAGAACGAGCUUCCACACGACUUUGACAGGCGAGCGAAGUGGGUCAACACUUCGCAUUUCUAUAAACUACUGGUGGAGCCACUAGAUAUUGCUGAGUAUUAUAGGAAAGGGUUGCAUAGGACAAAGGGCCAUUACAUGGAGAAUGGAAAUAGAGAGAGGAGGUAUGUGAUGUUUGAUAGGUGGUGGAAGGAUAGAAUAAGAAGGGAUGGUGCUGCUGAAGAGAACAGUGUGAGAAGCACGUUUGCAAGCUUGACUCAAGAUUCAUGCUUUUGGGCUAAGGUGGAAGAAGCAAGGGACUGGUUGGAUAGUGUUAGAAGUGAGAAAGACACAAAUAAGUUGGCUCUUCUUUGGGAUAAGAUUGAGAAAUUUGAGGUUUAUGCCAAUCAAUUGAUUGAACAGAAGGAGGUGUCUAAGGAUGUUCUUGCCAAGAAUUCAAGUUAUAGUAUAUGGGUUGGGGAUUUAAGAGAACUGAAACAAUUGAGAGAAAGGUUGAAUAUGUUUCCUCAUCAGCUUACCGGCUUUUUGGAUGGUGAAGUUGUUCCGUAGUGUGUGCAAUUUCGGAUCAAUAAUGUUGAUCAUUGUAAUAUAUUAUGUGUAAGAACUGAUCCUGAUCCUCCUUAUAUAUGGUAUUAGCAUUAGAAAGCAGUAGUGAAUUAUUCUCA